AUGGUGCCAGAUGUAAACGAGGAACAUAUUACCAACUUGAUUUUAGCAUCGAUGAGUGACGUUGAGAUGAAAGAUGCUGACGAGGAAGAGUUCCAUCUCAGUCGCGUAAUCGAUGCUCACAAAACCGAUGUGAAAUGUCUCACAUCUACUUCAGCAGGAGUGAUUAUCUCAGGUGGUCGAGACGAAGUUGUGAAGUUCUGGACCAAGAGAGGAGGAGAAUUCUCCGAAACGCUAGCUUUUCCACAGCCGAAAGGCUUAGCUGUGAAUUCAAUAGGAUAUUAUGAAUCACCUGAUGGAUGGCGGGUGUUCGCUGGCAGAAAGGAUGGUUCAAUAGCCGUUUAUGGCUCUGGAUCCGCAGAGCCCUUGACUGUAUUAACACAACACUCGUCUAAUGGUAAGGCGAGAAUUCACUAUUUCUUUUCAAAUUUGGAAAUCAAAUUUUUUGAAGUUUUACAAGUUUCUACUCAUUUAGUUUGCUGUCUCUAUGUCGAUGAGAAGAAUCAUAUAUUACUGAGUGGAUCAUGGGAUAAUAACGUUAUCAUAUGGCCCAUAAGAGAACUGGGAUCACCUGAAUUUUCGGCACUACUUCUCAAUGGACAUAAGCUGUCAGUAUGGGCCUUAGCCGCCAUAGAAUCAUCACCAGGGCAUUACCUCUCAGGUAGCGCUGACAAGACAAUCAAACUCUGGCAGGAUGAUAACGAAAUUAGGACAUUCACUGGUUAGUU